GGGGUAGUAUAUUUGCCGGCUUUGAAUUCCCGAAUCCCGGCCGGACUCCGCCACCACCGCAAUGCCGCGCCGCUCCGCCUCCCGGUACGCCGCCUACUGGGCCGCCGACGCGCUCGCCGGCGACGACGCCCUCGACUUCUCCCUCACCAAGGCGCUGGUGGGCGUCUCGCCGGAUUCCCUCACGGGCGCCCCCGAGGCCGUGCGGGAGCGCGUCGCGCUGCGGUGCCUCCAGGAGGUCGUCUCCCUCGCCUCCGAUGGCGACUACGAGGCCACGCCGACGGCCGGAGGGGUGCUUAGUGUGGACGCCUCCCGCUCCUGCGAGGACUCGCUGCUUCAACUCAUCCGAGAGAUUGGUAGCUCAGGAAGCUUGGAGAAGGUUAUGCUUCUGCCCUUUAGUCAAGAUGUCCAGAAGUUUAUAUGUAUAAAGAGACCUACAUUACCUGAAACUUCUUUUGAACUGCUCAGAGAAGUUUACCCAGAGAUCACACCUGUGGUCCUACCAUCGCCAGUGGAGCAGAAUGGCAAUGAUCAACAUGACAAUGUCAGCCAUGAUCUUGAAAAUACAGAGAAGACUGGGUUCAAUACAGAUGGCGCUCAGCUUCAGCAAGAUGAUCUGGCAAAUUUAGUCAACGAAAGUAACACAGGAAAUCUUCAGAAGGAUGCAAUGGCAACUCCUGAUUUUCACCAACCAUGUACAUCAGAAAAUAGGUGUUUUGAUCAGCCACAAGAAGAUUCAAUUAAUGCAGUUGGUGUCAACAUCAGGUCUCCAAAAGACAGUCCAACUAAUGUAGAUAGACACAUACAAGUUGCAGCUGAGCCUUCUUUAGCUACUUCUGCAGAUUUGCUGGGAAGUAAUACAGGAACAAUUUCUGAGCAGGACAUGAUAGAUGAUACAACCAUGGUUCAAUCGCAAUCUCAAGGGGUCAAAAAUCCUAAUACACUUCAUUAUAAUAAUGGAGAUGAACCACUUGUUGCCAGCAUUCAGUCACCAAAGGAUUCCAUCCAUGAAGGACUGACCAUACAGGCAACUGUUUCUCCAGCUUUUGACAGAAGCAAUGAUGCUUUACCAGCAAGUACAUCUGAAAUAAGCCAGUUGCCUGAGUUUAUUACUGCAAGGGAUACAGUAAUGAAUUCAGAGCCACGUAUCAACAAAUCUCAUCCAAAUUCCCCGAAACAUGACACUGUUGAUAAAGCAAAUCAAGAUGUGGAUUAUGGCAGUGUUGGUAUUCAGAAAGCUGCUGCUUUCCUAUCUGAAGAUCGCAAUGGGGCUACUCAAGGAGAGAAAUCUGAAAUUAAAGAUCCACCAGAAAAUACUGCAGAACAUACAAAAAUGUUUGAACAAGAAAAUAGUGUCGAGGCUCAGUUGGAAGUCGGUUGUUCCGACAAAGUUAAUCAAGAUAUACAGGAUGAUGGCAACAUCAUGACAAAGAAUAUGGUCUGUGAUGGGCUGAAUGUGCAGACUGCUCCGGAACCUCAUAGCUGCAGAAUGGCCUUGCAUAACAAAAAUUUGGUGGCCAACCAUUUGUCCGAGCAGAAUAUUGGAAGGAACACAACUGCUGUUGAGAAAGAUUGCUGCAGUAUUCCAACCUCUCCUCAGGUUGUUAAUGACACAAGAGUGAAGCAACCUUCAAACAAGAGAACCAUGGGGAAUACUGUGGUAGAAACAUCGCAUGUGCAUUCUUCAGAUGAUAGUCUCAGUGGCUUCGCAGCCACCGGUCUUCUGUCAAUGGCUGACAAAAUACCAUUCUGUACUCAGGAUCAAGAUGCCAACGGUCCUGUUGAGGGCUUGUCAGAACAAGAUUUGUGCAUAAAGUGUGGUAAAGAUGGCCAGUUGUUGAAAUGCAGCAGCUGCUUGUUAGCGGCUCAUGAUACAUGUUUUGGUUCAUUAGCGACAUUGGAUGAUUCUGGCCAGUUGUAUUGUCCUGUAUGCUUCUAUACUAAAGCAACUGAAGCAUAUCAAAAGGCAAAGAAAACGUAUUCUGAAGCAAGGAAAAACCUAUCAGCUUUCCUUGGUAGAAAGCAAUUAGCUGAGCAACAUCAGCAAGCUGCAGUGGGGCAAAGAGCUGCCAACAACGAGGAUCAUUUGAAUGGGUGUAACGAUGCAUCUAAAAGGAAAGAUAAUCAUCAAUCUGAAGGAAAUAACCUUUCUCAUAGGGAUGAAGACCCUACCCGGAAGAGGAAGAAGCAGAAGACAAAUGCUACUAGUGAUGCUUGCGCUCAGGAAGUAGUCACUGAAAAGGUACCAGUUGUUCAGAAUUCUGAUGUUGCACCCAUGAAUAAGCAUUCUGUACUCCAGAAUAACAGAAAACAAGCUCAGGUUGCAGAGCACGAGCAGCCAGAGGAAAAUGAAGAAGCUAGUGGAGAAUCUGGUAAUGACAAUUCAUUGCACAAAACAACACAUUCAUCUCAGACCAAAUGCAGUCCUGCUGUAAAUCAGAAUGUUGACGCUGACAAAGAAAAUGGCCUUGCAAGUUCUCAACAGUCAGAAGAUUCUGAUGAAAUUGAAGCUACAUCUUCUAAUGACUCUACCAAGAAAUCAUCGCCUCCUUGGCGCAAGUUGAGACACCGCAAAGCAAUAUAUCAGGAUAAGGAUACAGCAAUGCCAAGUAAUUCUAAGAAAGUACUUGGGAACCGUGAUCAACAUAUGGCUUCACCAUCAAGGAAAAGGAACUAUGCAUGUCCACCCAAGCGUUACUCUAACCCUAUUGUACCGGCUGGAAGGCGCACAAAGCUCUGUUGGACAGAAAAGGAGGAGAUAACGUUGAGGGAAGCAAUGGCAAAAUUUACCCCAAGGGACAAUGGCCCAAUUCCAUGGGUCCAGAUACUGGAGCACGGUAGGGACGUGUUCCACAGGACACGCCUCCCAUCCGACCUGAGGGUCAAAUGGAGGAACAUGAAGAAGAAAUCAGGCUCAUGACAGUCUUAACAACCUACUAGUGCAGGCUGUGCAGCUUUUGUUCUGUGUAUUCUAACCACUUACUCUUAGAGCCCAUUGUGUGUGUCAUCACCAUCUUGUAAGGUUGUAAAUUCUCGUUUUCGAGAAAAAAAAAGUAAGGUUGUAAAUUCUCCUUGAUGUGUAGAACACUUCAAUUUUAUCGUUCUUUCUUGGUAUGUAGAACAGUUCAGUGAACUUAGUUUGAUGUCCCGAGUUCAACACAUCUAUUUUCUGCAGAUGGCUCCCUUCUGUUAAAUGUUAAUGAAGGCGAAUAGGUGCAAUGCAGAAGUGAAGAUGGAAAUUUUUGUGUUCA